AUGAUAGGCAUCUCUAAGAAAUAUCAAAGAUUGAUAUUAUACCUUUUUCUAGGACCUUUAACAAAUGAAAUCAAAAAUAACCUAAAUGUAAAAAUAAAUGAAGUACAAUUAAAUGAUUAUGAUUUGAACCAGAGUAUACUUACAAAUAUUCAUUUAAGAAAAUGUAUAUAUUUCCCAUUUUUUGAAAUAUGCCCUACAACCCAAAGCAAUAAAACUAAUAAAACUAGACAGAAAAGAGUUAAAAAAGAUUUAAGCCAAUCUAAGGCAAUCAACUGGUUUGGCGUUUCUCAAUAUAUAUAUAUAGAUUACAUUACAUUAGGAGAUUUCAUGGCGAAUAAAGAUAAUGAAAUUCCAUUUACAGGUAUAGUGGAUGUCUUGCCUUAUUCGGCUCUUUCUCCUUAUAAAAUUAAAAAUAUGUUUACAUUCAUUAAAGAUAAUAUAACCAUAGAAAAUAUUAAAACCAAAGAAUUUAUAAGUGACAUUGACUUUUUAUUUGGCGAAGACUGUAUCGAACCUAGAGAAGAUUGGAAAAUGGAUAAAUCGUGGAAGUUAAAUACAGUUUAUUACCCAACGCACAUUACCAUCAAAAAAAUCAAUGCUACGUACAAUCAUGACCCUUAUUCUAAUUUCCCGGCAAUGCAAGAAAAUUUGAAGCUUGAUGAAAAUGGAAAUUUCAAAAUAGUACAAUUUGCUGAUUUACAUUUUAGCGUUGGAUAUGGCAGUUGUAGAGACGAAUUCCCAGAGCAAACAUCAGACUGCAAAGCAGAUGCUAAAACUUUAAGCUUUUUAGAAAAAAUAUUGGAUAUCGAAAACCCAAAUAUGGUUAUUUUUACCGGUGACCAAAUUAUGGGUGAUAGAUGUAGGCAAGAUUCAAUCAGUGCGUUAUUAAAGGUGGUCAGUCCAGUUAUAAAAAGAAAAAUACCAUAUGCCAUGGUUUGGGGGAACCAUGAUGAUGAAGGUUCGCUAACCAGAUGGGAAUUAUCUGAAUUUGUUUCAAGCCUACCUUAUUCGUUGUUUAAGUUUAGUCCCAAAGAUACAGCAAAUUCUGAUUUUGGUGUCGGCAACUAUGUGAUCCAAAUUUUUACUCCAAUCAACAACAAUCCGGCUGUAACGCUUUACUUUUUAGACUCCCAUAAAUACUCUCCAAAUGGUAAACUCUUUCCUGGAUAUGCAUGGAUCCAAGAGGAACAGUGGAAGUACAUCGAACAGUAUUAUAGUAGAUAUAUCAAACCAGACGAAAAAAAAUAUAGCAGAAUUCCCUUGGCUAUGGCAUUCUUCCAUAUUCCACUACCUGAAUAUUUGAACUUAAACUCUAUUCAACAUCCUGGUGAACAAAAUAAAGUUGUUGGUUCAUGGAAAGAAGGAGUUACCGCUCCAAAAUACAACAGUCAUGGUACCAACACUUUACUUGAUAUUGGAGUAGAUGUAGUUAGUGUUGGACAUGACCAUUGCAACGAUUAUUGCCUAUUGGAUGAUAGCUCACAAAACGAUGCACAUAAAAAUAAUAAUAAAUUAUGGCUAUGUUACGGCGGGGGCAGCGGUGAAGGUGGUUAUGCAGGGUACGGUGGCACAGAGAGAAGAAUUAGGGUAUUUGAAAUCGAUUCUGUUAAAAAUAAUAUAUACACAUGGAAAAGAUUACAUAAUUCACCAGAAGAAAUAUUUGACAAGCAAGUUUUGGUCAGUGAUGGUGUACCGUCUUAA